AUGAAGUUCCCAACAACGAUGCUUAUUGUGCUGGCUGCCAGCGGCCGGGCCCUAGGCUCCUGGGUGGACUGGCUCAGAGACGUUACUGUGACGGAAACAGCUACAAGGAUAGUUCAAUCAUGCCCUUGCAAUGGGGAAGUGAAAGUCACGCCCGUUGUUCGAGGGCAAGAGCUCCAGAACUUCCCAAAGCCAGGGUCACAAUUUGGGCCGGUUGGUCCCCAUUUCCCUGCUGCAGCUGGAAGGAUUGUUACCAAGGCCGGUCCUAUAGUAGCAGUCUACAGCACCGCGGGAACAAUAACGACCAAGACCGGCAUUGUCAUUGAAUUGGAGCCCAGUCGUGGUGGCCAUGGUCCGGGAUUGACGACGACGAUCUGGACAGGUCCUCAGCCCACUGAUGAUCUGGCUUGGAUAGACUGGAACCCCGGGCGUGGAAAUGACGCCGGUACAUUGACACGAACUCAAACGAAGUUUACGACCAUUUAUGGCCCUGCCCCGACAAAUGCAGAGCAUGAACCAUGGGCCGAUUGGCUCGAGCCUCCUCACACUAAGGAGUCUUCUACAUCUAGCAGGACGUCGACUUCUUCAAAAUUAUCCAGUUCAUCAUCCGGCGUUGGUCCUAUUGGUAGUUCCACAAGAUCGAGUGCAACUACUUAUGGCUAUCCGACCAAUCCUCAAUGGUCAUCUAGCACUUCUGGCGUCUCAACUUCUUCCUCAUCCCGUACCUCCGGCACGUCAACGAGUCCUUCUGGGAGCAGCACCGGAUCCUUGACGACAUCAAGCUCAUCACUCACCUCAGCCUCCUCUAGCACGUCGACCAGCUCAACUGGCGGAGGAAGUAGCAGCUUGACUUCCACCAGCUUCAGUACCACAACAACGUUCAGCUCAAGUAGCAAUAGUGGUGGUCCUAUUGGGGGAAGCACCACGACCUCUUUAAGUGCUAGCAGUAGCUCUUUCACGUCCACCUCCACACCCAGUGUUUCGACAACUUCCAGUUCGACUCUCGACACGUCGUCAUCGGACAGCACUUCUAGCAGUCGCACUGACAGUUCAACCAGCAGCUCAAGUGUGUCCGCCAGCAGCAGUUCCACAAGCAGCUCUUCCUCAGUCACAUCAGAUACCUCUUCUACCUCUAGCACGACAUUUUCGACAACUACCUCGAUAGUCUCCUCAGCAACCACAUUGUCCCCUUCCAGCACUACUUUGCUGUCCACCUCAUCUACAUCUACCUCCACGACCACAACUGUUGCACAAGGGGCAGUCGUGACGGAUGAUGUUCGCUCUUUAUCCUAUAACGAUGCCAUACUUCAAGCCCACAACAUUCACCGUCGAAAUCACUCUGCAUCCGAUUUGACUUGGUCCGACAACUUGGCGACUAUUGCUGCCCAGAUUGCCGCCAGCUGCGUAUAUGGCCACAACACCACAGCUGGUGGCGGCAGCUAUGGUCAGAACAUCGGAGCCGGAUACACACCUGCACAGGUACCGGCCAUGAUCGGUAAUGACAUGUACAACAAGGAGAUGCCACACUACCCACUCCCUUACGGUGUGGACAAUCCGGAUACAAGCAACUUCGACUCAUGGGGCCACUUCUCGCAGAUUGUGUGGAAAGAGACUCAACAAGUAGGCUGCGCGACGCAGUUUUGCCCCAACGGAGUGGUGGGUGCCGAGUUUACACAAUAUUUCACGGUUUGCAACUAUUAUCCUCCUGGAAAUGUCCAGGGAGCUUACAGCAACGUGGGCGCGCCGCUAGGUCAACCUGUCACAGUGGAGCUGACCAAUUGA